AUGCCGCCAAAGAUCCCCAUGUGGUUUCAACAUGAAAUCAGCAUCACGGCUCCGUCACGAGGCUGCCAUUUGGUGACUGGGGAUGUUCAUAAAGCCAUCUCCAGCGAUCUCUCGCAGAUCAAGAUUGGCAUGUGCAAUUUGUUCAUUCAGCAUACCUCGGCCAGUUUGACCAUUAACGAAAACGCCGACCCGGAUGUGAGACGAGAUAUGGAAGUUGCACUGAACAAGCUUGUCCCUGCCUCUUGGUGCCGAGAUGGAACCUUUCGCCACACAAUGGAAGGCGACGAUGACAUGCCUGGUCACGUCAAAUCAUCGCUGAUGGGACCAAGCCUGAACAUCCCGAUCAAAAAUGGAAGGUUAGCUCUGGGAACUUGGCAAGGCAUCUAUUUGAAUGAGCAUCGAGAUACGGGUGGUUGGGGUGGUGGACACACUCGACGAAUUGUCAUUACCCUUCAAGGAACCUCAUAG